ACGAACAGUCGUGGUUUGGUGAUGGUGCCGCUGCCGUGGUGUCUAUGUGAUUUGGUGUUUCAUGCGUUACAUGGAAGAUACUUGAGCGGUUCUUACGGUAUUGCUUAUACAGUGAUGAAAUAGUAAAUCAGUGCUGUGCAGUGAUGGAUACCCCCACAGGCGGGGGAAGAGAUUCCCGAUUUAAUAUCGGUUACAAUAUGUCGCUUAUAAGUGGUGAAACCUCGUCAGAAAUUUAUGCUACUACAGGCCAUAGUAGACCUUCAACCUCAUUAAGUUCUGGUGGAGUGUCAAGGCCUUCCAUGUUACCAAGUACUUGUGGGGCAGGCAUUCAACGUGUUGGGGUCAAAAGAACGUCUUCUGAUGUGUGUUUUGACCAGGAAGUGUCAGGUAGACCAAGCAUGGCAUCGCAAAGUGGGAUGGGCAUGGCAGAGUGUGGAUCAGAUAUAGGGGAUGAUAGUUUCUCACAAGCACAGAAAAAGACACCACCACCUAAUGGUAAAAAGACAAAAGGCCGUGUUAAAAUUAAAAUGGAAUAUAUUGACAAUAAACUGAGAAGAUACACAACAUUUUCAAAGCGGAAAACCGGAAUAAUGAAAAAGGCAUACGAGCUGUCCACUCUGACGGGCACUCAGGUGAUGCUGCUAGUUGCCUCGGAAACCGGCCACGUAUACACGUUUGCAACACGCAAGCUGCAGCCGAUGAUCACGUCGGAGGCAGGCAAAGCCCUCAUCCAGACGUGCCUGAAUUCUCCAGACCCCCCUCCGUCUGGUGUCGGUGGUGACCAGCGUAUGUCAGCGACGGGGUUCGAAGAGACGGAACUCACGUACAACAUCGGAGACGACGAGCAGAAAGAGGGGAUCAUGUCCCCGCGGUCAGAGAAUGGCGGUGCGGACAGUGGCGGCGACUCUAGUGGCAACGAGUCCCCGACUCCUGAUCAAGAGGCCGCUGGAACACCAGACGCGAGAGGUAACAGCAGCGGUUCCAACGAGCAUCAGCAAGGAGCCGGUGCUGAGUCGCGAAGUCCGGGCGAAACUCAGCCUGCCGCCCACUCCACGCAACAGCAACUGAUCUCAGCAAACAUGAUGACGCCCCCGUACCCCGGAAUGAUGUACCAGACGUCCCAGGGGAUGCUGUACGCCGCUGCCCCCACAUCGGCCCUCCCGAACGGAGUGAUCUUCAGUCUGAGCCAAGGCCAACUCCAGCUGCAGCACUCUGCAGACUCCGGUAGUGGUGGAUCAUCUUCUUCAUCGUCUUCAUCACACCACCACCACCAGCAGCAGGCCAGCCCUCACCAGCAGUUCAUAACUAUCCCCCUGCCAAUGGCUCUUUCUGCUGCUGCUGCAGCUGCUGCCGCAAACGGGAACCACCAUCACCACCAUGGCGCCAGACAGGAGGCCGCAGACCUCACCAAGAGCCGAAAGUGACACAGGCUGUAUGCAUGGGCUUUGUGGCCUCCCGAUCACCCGACUUCAACUGAUGAAGGUGCUAGUAAAACCACGCACAAACACUGGAACAUGUGUGUGUAUUGUGACAUAGUUCCUGCAGAUACUGGUUGCUGAGGCAAUGAAAUUUGAUCAUUCACAGUUGGACUCGCCAGGAUGGCUCUCCUCACAUGUACAUCCAUUAAAAACAGACGAUGCUGAGAGAAAUAGCACAGACUUUAAUGGCUGUUCUGUAGAAAUUAUUCUCACCCUAAAUUAAUAAACGACAUUUGUAACGUUUCAUUAUACAGUCACUGUGAGUGAAGAGUGCAUGUAGCUGUCUACAGUUGCUUUGAAAGCAGUCUGUCGGACCGACUAAAUAUGGCUGCACAAAAAUGCGAAUUUGUGCAGCAAGACGUUCGCAUGAAGUGUUGGCAGUUCUGUGUAAUUCAUGGCCACACAGGGAAUAGGAUGGAUACUCUGUAGCUACUUGUGUUCGCAGGUUCUGCAAGAACAGGUUGUCAGGCCAACUAGCAAGCUUCGCUUGGGUCACCCUUCAAACCUGAAGAUGGAAGCACUAGUUCCAUCUGAAGAUCUACCGAACGUCAGACAUUUCAUCUCGUCAUGUUUUGUUUGGUUCUCUGAAUAAUCUUUAUUUUCUUAACCAUCUGGUGUUGCAUGUUUUCUUGCAGGUGGGAACCAGGCUCUUAAAUAAAGGAUGAGAAUCGACCUUGAAAAUAUGAAGUAGCUCUGGGUAUUUAGUGAUGUUUAUACAGUAGCUGUGUUCUUACAGUGUAGGACAGUGUCCAGGUGAGGGCAGCCAAGAGUGUGGACAGUGCCAUGCCUGGACAAUAUGGUAGUAUGGAUAUCCGCUGGAUUGAUAGUAUCCAGGUUCUGCGCAGGCGGAAAUACCGCUGCAGGUGACCAGAAGUUCUGCCCUUUCCAGCCCACGUAUAAAAUUUUGGGAAACUUUAUCGCAGUUAAUUACACCAGGUUUCCAGACACCGCCAGACACAGCGUUGUUGGUGUUGUGAUUUGUAUAUCAGUUGCAUUUGCAUUCUGUUGUACUGCCAAUUAAUGACAACAGUGAGAACAAAACAGCAUAAAUUAAUUUUUAUUUAACACAAAUCAACCCCCGUCCCAGAGAAUUGGUUGUACGUUGUGCCACCUGCAAUCAUGCCGCCCCAGGCAACUGUUUGGUUCGUUUGUGUUGUUGCUCCAGCCAUGGUGACAUUUCUGCUGCCUGGCAGUAAUGACAGCCCCUUUUGUUGACAGUAGUACCUUUAUUGCGAGCGAGUCUUGACAGUAUCACUCUCUGCUUGAUGAUGCAAUAAUUGUCCGUGUUGUAUCAUUAUUGCCUGAAUAUAGGUAUCCUCUGUGUUGACAGUAUUUUUACUGCGUAGUGGUGUAUUCUCAGUUGAUAAUAUUUCUGUGUGUAAGGCCGAGAGUGUUCAUAGUCUUGCCAUUGUUAUAAACAAUUUGUAAAUUCUUAUGUGUUCUCUGUACAAAGGUGACCCUGUUCGGAUGUAAUGGAGACAUCUAUGGAGGACUGGUGAAAGUAACAGUGGAACACUCCACUAUAUAAUUUCAUGGCUAAUUCAUAACGUUUUACAAAGAAAUUAGGUCUUAUACAGACUGUUAAUAUUUAGGAAUUUAAUAAAUAAACUCGUUUCUGGUUUUCCUGACAAUUAAGUUCAUGUAAAGUGGCUGUUAGAUUGACUCGCGUGUGUGUGUGUUGAUUUCACUUCGUCACAUGACAAUAUGCCUACAGAUACAGGGCUAUAUAGGCUUUAAUUGCACAUUUGACAUGUGAUAGACCAUCUUUCGAGCUUAAAGACGUAGGACACACGUUAGGAAUGCCAGAGUUGACUCUCAAGUGACGGACCUACAGUAAUAUGCUCAGUGAUAUCAUAUUCUUUGGAUGUUCGCACGUUUGUAUGUGUCUCUCUGUGUGAACUUUCCUCUGUUCUCGGCGUGUCCUUUCAGAGCUGCUUGCCUUGAUGUCUUACCUAUAUGUAAUGUCCUUAAACACUAACACCGGUAACCCUCGUGAUGCGUGUUCAGGAGGUAGUCGCUUCAAACCUCGACCUGUACACCGGAUAUCCUGAGUGAAGUUUUUCGUGAUAUUCUCCAGUCUUUCCAAGGUAAUUCCUGGAUAGUACCUCUGUUAGGGCACGACCACGUGUUUCCAAAUCCUCUCCAAUUCCUCAGUCAUCAUACUACUGAAUAGCAUAGGGACCAGAGCAUGGAAGCAUUACUGAAAGGCACUGCUUUACUGAGUAGCCAGAUAAAUCAACACUGACGAUGGUGCAGGAAUUGUAGUGUGAGGAAUUCUCAGCGUCACGGCAUAAAUUAUAUUUUAACCUGAUGAUACUAAAUGAUGACAUGAGUGACAUUUGUGAAUAAUAUACAAUUUAAUGUAAUGUCUGCCCGAUGAUGCAUAAGGCGUAUACAUAUUGAUCUACUUUGAAGAUAAUUUAUGUGAGGAGAAAUUGCAACUGUAAGAUUUGAGGUUUUCAUGGCCGUGACAGUGAAGAAUGCUGUCUUCUAGAAUGUGGCGCCGUGUAGAUAUUGUGUACACCGACGUUUCGGAGGAACGUAUCGCCUCCAUCUUCAGGGUAUAAAAUCGAGCAGGAACCAGCGUGAAUAGGUGGUUGCAGCGGAUUUUUAUACCCUGAAGAUGGAGGCGAUACGUUCCUCCGAAACGUCUGUUUACACAAUAUGAACACGGCGCGACAUCAUAGAAGACGGCAUUCUUCAGAAAUUGGAAUUGCUUGAGUUUCUUGCUAUGUCUCGACACUGCAAUAAUAAAAGACAGGCCUCCGUGGGAAAAUGUCACUGUCCUGAAGGGGUUCAAGAGAACAAAACUGUUCCUCUGUUCUGGGAUGAAACGCUGGGUAGUCCUUUGGAAGUCAGUAGACUUUUCGUACUUGGCUUACUCUUCAGCCGUCAAGAGAAUGGUGACAUAUUCGACAUGUCAUCCACCAACAUUGAUACUUUUGUCCCCUCGCUUUGCCAGUGCAUCGAAACCCGCCACUUCCUCACCUCCGUUUCCUCUUCGCCAUUAGCGAAACGUUUGCCACUAAAUUGUGAAUCGCUUUACAUGACAAACACUUCCCACCGUAAAACAGGAAAUAUUUCUUGGUGAAUAUCCUUUGCAUUGAAUCCUUUUGCUCACAAAAAACGCACAACAGAACGCUGCUCUUCGAUAGUAUACUCCUCAAGCACUGUCACACUGUCACCAUUCUGACUACUAAAACCAGACUCUGAAAAUGCGCAUGCGCGUCUGCUACCUAGAAGCUGAGUUGUGCUGCUAUCUAGUGAUGCAUGGAGAAAACCAAUUACAUGCAUUACAGCUGUUUUACUUACCUUUUUGACCUGUUUACUGACUCUUCCUCGUAGAAUAGAGGAGACAACUGAAAAAUGUUUCUUAUACUCUGCCUGAAACUGAAACAUUUUUGAAGGUAGGUCAUACCAUGUGUAGGCAGCCUUACCGGAAGAAAAGCAGCCCUGUUUGUUCAACAGAAUCUCCAGUAUGGUGAGGUUUAUUCCUGUCAUCGUGACGGAAUAUAACCAUUUACUAGCAACGCUCGAAAUAAUGGAGCUAGACACGGAAUUAUCCAUUCGCUAGGCAACGGUUCAUGCACGUUUCCGAGAACGUUUUCAUGAUGAGCAGUAAUGGAACCCCUGGAGGCGAUGAUCUCUGUGAGGUUCUCUCGCGGUUAUAAAAUGGAGUUCAUUCGUAAGAGACAUCAGAAGGCAGUUCAGUAGUCUAGGUACAGACAGGCAUGGCUUGUGAGCUGGCAUAAUUGAUUAUAA